AUGCGGUUUGGAUCCGAGUCGUUGAUAAAAGGGCAAGGACGCCGAGUGUUCCUCCUCUUGACUUGGAUUUCAACCACUUGUGCCCGCAAUAUCGUCAGCACCAACACUCGUGAGCGUCGAAGGGCUCUGGGAAUCGACUGGAGUCCUGCACCACCGCCAGAAGACGGACCGCCACUCUCAGCAGGAGCACUACGAGACAAAUCCCUCCUCCCAGUGGAAAUUGGGGCCAUCGUGGGGGCAUAUCUGUUCUCCCUCUGUGUCGUUGGGUUGGCCUUGAUCCUCAUCAGCCGCAAGCUUCGACGGAGGUUGGAACUCGCCAUCUCCACCAAGUCUGCGGAUGUUGAGAUGAUACAGCCCCAACCGAAGCCCAGCGCAAUAUAUCCAUCUCCAAUAUCACCGUGCAGCCCACGAAAUUUCUCUUAUCCAUCCCCAGUCAAAACCGAGCAGAAUCCAUACGUUUUUCCAAACUCCAACAUAUCCCCUAUUACACCGCCUGGAACAGACAUAUUCGUCGACCACAGAAUUGUCGAGGCAGAUCGCGACAUGGCGCAACAGGACUUGGAGGAUAUCUACGCUCAUGUGAUGGCGCAGGAGGAAGCCAAAGCCGCGGGCCUGAAUCCGAAAGAAAUGCCUCCUCCAGCUCCAAUUCCAACAUUAGGGCCACAAAGACAAAAUUCGCCGAAGAAGAAUGAAAAAGCCCGCCCUGCAAACAUUAACAUUGAUGACAACAAAUCGACCAAGUCCCGGGCAUCUUCCAUAAUGUCCAUCCUGAAAUCUCCCAGGAAAAAGUCGGUCCGGUCAAUGCAAAUAUCAUCCCCUAUGUUAACACCUGCAUCCGCGACCUUUCCUCGCGACAACACGGCCUCUGAUGAAGAGCCAUUGUCGCCCCGAUACUACAAACCACCUCCGCCACCACCUGUCCCAGCAAAUCAGGUACGAUAUGCACAUUCUCGAGACACGUCCAACAUUACACCAACGUCGCCUACUCGCAGCAUCGCUGAGCAACUAGCACCAUACGGCCCUGGAAGCCAACAGCAUCGUCCCAACCCCUCUCAAAAUUCAUUUCAAUCCGUCCAAGAGGACCCAGCAUCGGCCACCUCGACAAACUCCCAAACACCCCUCUACCCCACACGGAAACAAUCUCCACAUCCCAACCCGACCGGUUCAAACCCCACUGCUUCCAACAAUGGUUCUACACGCACUCUCCCUUUUCGCCAGUUCGAACCAUCACUCAAAUCUCCGUCCUUCCGCCCAGCAACCAAGACUACAGUUCUGGAGCGCAAACCCGCUUCAAACACCGGUCCACUUACCGGUGGGUUGAAGACGCCCUGGAGUGCGGGCGCCGUACCAUAUAGUCCGUACCAGCCGUUUACCCCCAUGAUGCCGAUUACUCCACGCCUCGUCACAAAAGAGGACAGGAAGGCGAUGAAGAAGGCAGAAAAGAGGGCGCCGGUUACGGAAAUGGUUCGAAGUGAUGAUGAGAUCUGGGACGAUGGUUAUUAA